UCUAUUAUCAGAUAUAAAAUGAAAAAGAAAUGCAAAGUCUUUUACCUCUCAGCCGUUGAAUCGGAGGCAGAAUUUAUAUGUUAAUUUGCAGAUAAAUUUGACACAAACACGUCAGGUGUACCAAAGUUCCAGCAUUUCUUCAUCGCUGCAUCUCGUCCGCCACAGCACCCCGGCACCACCAUGCGGCGCCUCCUCUCCUCUCCCCUCCGCCGCGGCAUCUCCACCGCCGCCGCCGACUCCAGCCUCGGUUCCUCCGCGGAACACGCGUACCGCCUCCUCCGCCGCCAUCACUCCGAUCCGCAGAGGCUCUCCGCCGCGCUGUCCGCUUCGGGCCUUGACGCCUCCUCGCCGCACCUCCUCGAUGCUGUCCUCCGCCGCUGCGGCGCCGCCUCGUCCCUCGCGCUGCACUUCUUCCACUGGUGCUCCCCGUCGCUGCCCUCGCCGCUCCCGUCCUCCCUCGCGCUCCUCGCCAAGUCCCUCUCCCGCGCCUCCUCCGCACUGUCGCCCUCCCUCCUUGCGCCGCUCCCCGCCCAACUCCUCGGCCCGUCCCUCCUCUCCCCCAUCCUCCGCCGCCUCCCGCCCCCGCGCCUCCUGCCCUUCGCGCUGUCCCUCCUCUCCUCCCGCCCCGACCACGACCACCCCGCCCUCUUCCUCUCCCUCCUCGAGUCCCUCUCCAAGGCCGGACACGUCGUCGCCGCCGAGCAGCUCGUCGAGGAUCUCCAGCCCCGGCUCCCGCUCUCGCUCCGCCACUACACGGCCCUGCUCUACGGUUGGUGCCGCCUGGGCAAGCUCGACGAGGCCAAGCACGUGCUCGCCCGGAUGAAGGCCGCGGACGUAGCCCCGGACGUCGUCGCUUUCAACACCCUGCUCGCCGGCUUCGUCGCGGACGGGAGAUUCGAGGACGCGUUCGAGCUGGCGCGGGAGAUGGAGCGUCGGGGAUGCCCGCCGAACGCGGUGUCGUACACCACCCUGAUGCAGGGGCUUGGCGCGAGGGGGAGGGUUGAUGAGGCCAUGCGGGUGUUUGUGGAAAUGCGGAGGAAGGGGUGCGCGCCAGAUGCCGUCACGUACGGCACUCUGGUUAGCGCGUUUUGCAAGGCUGGCAAGAUAUCCCAGGGGUACGAGUUCUUGGACGCCAUGUCAAGGGACAGCCUGCGGGUGGACGCCACCGUGUACCAUGGGUUCUUUGUGGCGCACGAGAAGAAGGAGCAGCUGGAGGAGUGCUUGGAGCUGAUGGAGAGGAUGAGGGAGUGCCGAUGUGACCCAGACCUCAAGGUAUACAAUGUGGUGAUUCGGUUGGCUUGUAAGCUUGGGGAGAUGAAGCAGGCCAUGAUAUUGUGGAACGAGAUGGAAAAUGGCGGGCUUAGUCCAGGGGUCGACACAUUUGCUAUCAUGGUGAGUGGGCUUGUUGGGCAGGGGGCGCUGAUUGAGGCUUGUAAUUAUUUCAAGGACAUGGUUGGGAGGGGACUCUUUGUUGCACCACAGUAUGGGGUGCUGAAGGACCUCCUCAAUGCGUUGGUCAGAGAUGAGAAACUCGAGCUUGCGAAGGAUGUUUGGGAAUGUAUUGUGAGCAAAGGCUGUGAACUCAAUGUGAGUGCAUGGACCAUCUGGAUCCAUGCAUUGUACGCAAAGAAACAUGUCAAGGAGGCUUGCUUGUAUUGCUUAGACAUGCUUGAGGCAGGCCUGAUGCCGCAGCCUGACACCUUUGCAAAGCUGAUGAAGGGACUGAAGAAGCUCUACAACAGGCAGAUUGCUGCUGAAAUCACUGAGAAGGUGAGGAAGAUGGCGGAAGAGAGACAUGUUAGCUUUAAGAUGUAUAAGAGACGUGGCGUGAGGGAUCUUGAAGAGAAGCCCAAGGCAAAGAGAAGGAGAGGGCAGAAACAGGGUCGCCGGAGGCAAGCUGGUGAAGGUCAGUCUAGUACGGAUGCUGACCUUUUGGAUGCUUUUGAUAAUGAAGAAUUUCCAGGCUAAGUUAAAAUAGAAUUUGUAGACGGCAAUCCAUCUCUGCUUGAUUGAAUUGUUCUCAGGAGGGAAAUGUUGGUGGUCAUGCCUGUGCAUCAUUGUAAUAUCCUUAUUUUGAAGAUUGAUCAGUUUUGCAGUCUUCAGCGAAGAGCCAAGUGGUACUUUAUCUCUGAAGUUCAUGUGCCAGUAUGUACUUCACGAUUCAAAACCUUUCUAGAAGUAUCUGCUUUUAAUGCAGAGAUUGGAGGAUUACUGACCCAGAGUAGGUAACUGUUUUGAUCGUACAUACACUAGAUUUUAACUUGAUUAUUGUCAUACACAGCAUGAAUUCUUAAAAUUUCAAUUUUGUUUUGAUUUUGCAUCAUUUGUGUGCAUUGUACUGUUUCAAUUGCCAUGUAGUAAUUCACUUAUGAAGAUUGCUGAGCAUCUGUGGUCUUUGGAUGCACAGCAUGAUUAUUGCGUACUGCUUCUGUCCAGUUAUUACCGGCUGGCAACUGGUGGCAACCAAUGUUAGGAUUUUACUAAUAGACGGUUAAAGGGGGCCAAUGUCAGUUUUCUUUUCCAAUUUUCAUUCUAUCUUGUAACCGGUGUUAAUUAUUGUACAAAUACACCUCAAGCCACUUUGUUUAGGCUUCGUUUGGAACGAAGGAAUGUAAAAUAGAGAAAGAGCAAAAAAUACAGGAAUAGAAUGGAGUGAAAAGUGAAAAACUAUAAGAAUUCAAAACACAGAAAUGAAAAUUUUAGGCUAUUUGAAUCGCAGGAAAAAAUUUCCAAGAGCUUUGAAUGAGAUGGAAGAAAUCUGCGAAGGAACAAGACUCACGGUAUUCAUUCAUGACCCACCGACGCAGGGACCCACUAGAUAACGCCACUGACUCGCCUUCGUGCGUUCAGUUGUUUCGGUCUUCAUGAAGGAAGAAAAACCAAGAGCUUUGGGUGGAUAUUUUCUUUUCCGUGUUUUGUACAGGAAAGGGAGCCGUUCCUCAGGAAUGGAAGUUGCCAUUCCUUGUUUCGAACGCUAAACUGCAAGACCUUUCCACAUGAAUGCAUUCUUUUAGAAUUCCUUUGGAAUUCCUCCAAUCCAAACAGGAUCUUACUUGUUUGUCCAUUACUUAUGCCGGCAUUAGAAUUCACUUUGUUUGGCAGACAUCUGUUAGCUUAUCAAGUGCUGCUAGCUAGCAAACAGUGGAUGUAGACGAUUCAGGCUUGAAGCCCCCCUAUUCUAGAAACAUCUGAAAUCAUAGAGGCGAUCGCUCUCUCCCCGCCCCGCUCUCCUCUCCUGUAUCCACAGUUAUUCAGGAUUUUUUAGAUGUAUUAUUGAUGGCUUUUCUUAUAAUUUACUAAUUGUUUUUUAGAUGGAUA